AUGACAUCAAAACAAUACGCGAGCGCUUAUGGGAAUGAUGAUGCAGAGAUGAUGAAAGAAAAACAUACUGCUGCCGUCGAUGACAGGACAGACAAGAAGAAGACUUCUCCCGAGCCCUCGAUUGGUGACUUCUGGGAUGCCGAGUUUGCCUCGACAAUGGAGGCUCUCGACUCAUGGGGCAGGACUUCAGAGAGGUUCCAAACCAACAUUGCUAAAUGGGAGAAAGAAGUCGACGACGAGAUCAAGAAAACGAAAAAGCUGACAAGCGAUCUCGAGCCAGGAUGGGAACGGAAAGAACAGAAUAUGGAGCGCGUCAAGGAACAUUACGAAGAAGCACUCCGUGAAGCUCGGAAGCGUGGCACGCAAGAUCAAGAUGAAAGCAGCACAGAAGACGAAUUCCUGUUGGGUAUACUGGAAAAUGAGAUCAAGAAAAGGCAGCUGGAUGCCUUCAGUGGAGGGAACCAGGAGUUCGGCGACGAGAUACAGGAAGAAAUGAACCGAAUUGAGCAACCGGAUGCCACAUCGAUACCUGAGAGCCGAAGCCGUAUAGCGGGUACUGGACAUCCUGAUAGCAGGAGCCCCUCUGUGACAGAAGCGGGAACGUUUGGGAGCCCAACCACCGUUCGAAGUGGUUCGCAGAAGCCAGAAAAAACUACAUCUCAAGAGAAUGUGGCAGGGGAGGAAUAA